GACCGAACGCACCUUUGCGGCAGGCGCGGGGCCUCGGCCACCGACGUCACGGGGCGCGGCGUGCGUGGGUGCGGCCAUGACGUCAUGCCCGCGGAGCCCCGCGCCGGCGCCGUGACGUCACGCCCUGGAGCUGCGGGCCGGGCCGGGCGGCGGCAUGGCGGAGAGCGAAGCGGAGACCCCGGGCACCCCGGGCGAGUUCGAGAGCAAGUACUUCGAGUUCCAUGGCGUGCGGCUGCCGCCCUUCUGCCGCGGGAAGAUGGAGGACAUCGCCGACUUCCCAGUGCGGCCCAGCGACGUGUGGAUCGUCACCUACCCCAAGUCUGGUACAAGCUUACUGCAAGAGGUGGUCUACUUGGUGAGCCAGGGCGCCGACCCUGAUGAGAUUGGCCUGAUGAACAUUGACGAGCAGCUGCCAGUGCUGGAGUACCCACAGCCCGGGCUGGACAUCAUCAAGGAACUGACGUCUCCCCGCCUCAUCAAGAGCCACCUCCCCUACCGCUUCCUGCCCUCUGACCUCCACAACGGAGACUCCAAGGUCAUCUACAUGGCUCGCAACCCCAAGGACCUGGUGGUCUCUUACUAUCAGUUCCACCGCUCGCUGCGGACCAUGAGCUACCGAGGCACCUUCCAGGAGUUCUGUCGGAGAUUCAUGAACGACAAAUUGGGCUAUGGCUCCUGGUUUGAGCACGUUCAGGAAUUCUGGGAACAUCGAAUGGAUGCCAAUGUGCUUUUCCUCAAGUAUGAAGACAUGCACCGGGACCUGGUGACCAUGGUGGAGCAGCUGGCCAGAUUCCUGGGUGUGUCCUGUGAUAAGGCCCAGCUGGAGUCCCUGAUUGAGCACUGCCACCAGCUGGUGGACCAGUGCUGCAAUGCUGAGGCCCUGCCUGUGGGCCGGGCACAUUGCCUCUUUACUCAGAAGAUCGCCUUGAGGUGGCGAGGAUGCAGGGGCUCGGGGAGCCGGCUGCAUUGCUUAAAUUUGGUUCAUGUCACAGCAUAAAUUGUCUUGAUUCCAAAUCCUACACCAGGAAGAGUCGGGCUGUGGAAGGACAUCUUCACUGUCUCCAUGAACGAGAAGUUUGAUCUAGUGUAUAAACAGAAGAUGGGGAAGUGUGACCUCACGUUUGACUUUUAUUUAUAAUACCGGAAUCCGCGAACUUGCAUGCUCACGGUCCCCAGACGCUCUACUAGCUAAAAGUCCUGUUUGCGUUCAUUUAUUCCUUGCUGGACACACUUCCGGAAGCUGCUUGGAAACAGCAGGGGGCGAGCCUGGUGGAGAGAGCCGAAGAGUAAGAGGAUGCUGUCUACAGCAGCUGCCUGGCGUGUAGCGUUUGAGUCUCCACAUGGUGGCCAUACCACACACACAGGCAGGCAAAUGUCUGCCCUGUACCCCGACUUAUUCACUGUAUUUUAUAGUGCUUUUCACUGAAAAUCAAAAUAAAUAUCUGUCAACCAAAUGCAAGUCCAUUUCCAAGGGGGAGCAGGAGCUGUGCCGGGAUGCUAGGAAGCUCUCAGGGGUCACUGUAACUUUUACAGUCUUUUCUCUAGGCACAGCUAUCCUACCUUGUUCUGAGAUCAAAGAAUGAGUUGGGGGGAGCUGGCAAGGCGGGCAUGUGUAGCCUGUGGGGUUCAGUCUUCUGGAACCAUCCUGAUGCCAAGCCAGGACCUGACCCAGAAACACCUCUAUGCAGGCAGCUCUCUGAACACAGUGCAGAAGAGCCCAAGGAAUGUUCCGGCAGGGAAGCUGGCCUGAGGCUGCGGAUGGCAUCUGAAGGCAUUGGUAGUGUGUGAAGAGUCCCCACAGAUACCAGGCUGCACCAAGAAUCAGUGUCUUUCACAGCCUUCAGUUGCUCCCCAAGGCAGUGACUGACACACUCCUGCUGGCAAGAGAGACAACGAAGCAUGGUUCUAAAGUCCCUAGUCACUGUCCCCAUCUGCUCCUCCUGUGCCAAGGCUGUCACUCAGGAGACCCAGUCUGCAGGUUGACUGUCCUCCAUGCAGAUAGGAUUGGCAAGCCCACCUGUGUGAGUGGGCACCUUAGCCCUCAAGAGUGUCUGAGGGAGCCAUGAUCCUGUAUUCUACCCACCCCCACACCUACCGGCUCGAAUUUGGCUCAAGUGAUGACCAGAUGAGCAGUGGACCAGGAGAUGGCUGCUUGUGGGGACCAACUUGUUCUGUUCCUUGCCGGGUUUGGAAGAGUCUUAACGUGGUGGUGGAAGGCUCUGGCUGUGGAAGGGGCCUGCCGUGGGCCAGCUCUGAAGCAGGUCUAGUGGAGUUACCUCUGUCCAGAGAGAAGCUUGUGUGGGUCUGGUGCAUGGUUCUCUGGGGUGGGCAUGACAGCGCCUUUCCUGUUGUGUCUGGGGAGGAAGGCUGCUUUCUGUGAAAUUUUCUUUCUAUUUUUCUAUUUUUAGUACUGUACGGAUGUUCUGGAACCACACAUGGUACUCUGUGCUUGCUUGCAUCUUUAAUAAAAGACACCUCCCCUGUU